CUAGAACAUAACUUACUUCUAGGCUGAACAUGGCAAAAAUAUAAUUUAUAGACAAACUAUUCAGAUUGACGAUAAGAGCUUUUCAAGACCCAGGUCUUGGAUUUCAGCGCGAAGUUCUUAAAGCAUUUAGCUAAAUAUCGUUUUGGUAUUUUAACUGAUGUUAGUUCGUAACGAAAACCGUCAAUCUAGUCUCUAUUCUUAACCAUCAACUGUAAAUCUUAAUCCUUAUCCCUCACACUGGUGUAAAAACCUGAUUUAGUCCUAGUCGUUUGGUGGACAUUCUGAACGCCGAUUUGUGUCGCUCAAAAGUCGUUCGUAUAUUAUAGUCUCAUUGUUUUUCUCCUUUCGCUGAAUUGUCGACAAAUUGUCUUUCUGCCGAAUUCACAAUUGAUCGUCUGCUCUUCAUAUACAUUUACCACUCACUACCUACUUUAAGUUUGCGUUUAUGCAGAUCAUCUAGUCAUCCGAACUUUAUCCAAGUUGAUACAAAAUUAUCUGUCCUCUGCUUGGAUGUCUCUCAUUGCUUCCUUUGUACCUGUCGAGAAACAAUCGGAGAGUCUCGCCGAACAAUCUUUUCUACUCAGUGAACUUAGUUUAGAAAAAUUAUACAUGGUCAAAAACAUUUAUAUACUGGAAAUCAAAUUAUAGUUUGCAUGGAUGUACGUUAUCACCUAAUCUCCCAAUUUUAAGGGAAUUUCUGGGUUUUCCACAAAUUCGUGAAAAGUUUGGUAGUUUCCCCCAGUGUUUCGGGAACAAAUAGAAAGUGUUGUAAGAUUCUGGAGAAACGUUUGGAAAACCCUAACAUUUUGGAAACAAAAUUUUCCCCAAAAUAGAGGUCGAGUAGGUACCCGCUACAUCUCGUAAGUACCGAGAUGUAGAAAAUAGUUAAUGCGUUAUCAGUAAUUUGUCCUAAUUUCAAAUGUCAUACAAACUUACUACAUGUCUAAUUGUACCAGCGUAUCACAUGUAAGUUAAGUCGAUAUAAUACAUAAUAGAUGGUUUAUCAGAAAAUUAUGAUUGCAAUAUGAUUAAUUUCGAAAUCACUGUCACCCUAUUUGUACAUGAACGUUGUUGUUCGGACGCGUAGUAACCGUUCUCUGAGUUAUGAAUUUUGAUGACAGUCAUGGUUGUAGAGUUCCAACUUUUAUAUUAGUGUCACACUUCAUUAUAUUUUUAUUACUAACAACUGACAAAAUAAAGUCGAACCGUACAGUAAUGUUUGCUAACACAAUACUACACCUAGAGGAUAGCAUGUCAUUUCAAAUUAUAAAUUACACUACCUUUCCUCCUUCAAUGACGCUUUUGGAGUUGAUCUCUCAUUUCGCGCCAUAACGUUGGCUUCACGAUCAAGAAUAAAAAAUGCCAGCUUUGUUUCGUAUGCCUCCGUAAAGCCUGCAAUUCUGAAGGGCUCUUCUAGCUUUAGUGCCAAGUAGUCUAAAAUCUCUGACUACCUGGGGUUUUAUAACAAGUUUUAGCCCAUGGAAUUUAUGCCAUUAUUAUCCGGCAAUCGCAACACUAUCGCCCUUUAUAAUGUUAGAUAAUGAUAAAAAUAUUAGCGAACCCACAAAUUUGUUCCUCGUGCUUUUCUGAAGACAUGGAUUCAUGGUCCUCACUUCCUCUGGUUGAGGAAAGAAAGUAUUAACUUAAUGAUCAAAUACUGAGUCUCUAUGGAUUAUUACGCUCAUCAGACUUAGACCGUUACACUCAAGUCUAAAAUUGCUGAUGCCAUGUUAUGCAAAGCAGCGUGUAGUUUCGCGAUUCCAAAACUGGUUUAAAUUGCAAAUAUUACUUAGCUGCGAUCCUACUGUCAACAGCUGCUAACGCGUAAGUUGAAUGCGACUUUCGUUGAACUUAUACAUUGACAGAUAUUACGUACCAACUUUGCAUUCAGUGGUAUUUGUGUGUCCAACGACCUGACACUCGGUUACUGGAUGCAACUUUCUCCAGCCUGCAUUUCAGCAAUAUUACUAUCAACGAAAUUAUGUAGGUACUCUUGUUUCCGUGUCUGUCUCUGCAAAUCAUCAACAGGAUUAUUGUAGCCGGAGAAUUUUCUGAACGAUAUCAUUAAGUUCUUGGCGAUCUGUACGCCGUCUAUAUAAAACACAUGUAUGCUUAUUACCACACUAGUGAAUAACCUCAGUCUUAGUGACCGACCACUCGUCAUCUAGUUGAGCACCAUUUUUCAUGUCCAUAUCCAUCAAGUUAGAAGGAGACAUGGAUAGUUCGUCACUGACAAGCCACUUGAUUGAUAUAUUAAUUACCUAAUUUUGCCUAUUGUACUGACAAUUGCAGACUAGUCUUCAAAUUAAUAAUGUGGGAGUAAGCAAGAUGAAAAUUUAUUAACGCAAAUAUGGGAAAGUCACCUAGGUCAAUGAAAAAUCUACAUUCUAGUAAUCCGUUGUCGUCUUUAUGAGUAAGUAUUCUAGGUUUAUUGUGGACCUGCUUUCAUAUAGAAACAGUUAUUCUAGUGUAUAUAAGCGGAGAUUUGUCAACCUCUUCUUCGUUGAUGAAGAUGUUUCAGAUUAAUUUUGGAGUCUAUAGACUAAAACUAACGUCCAUAUGUAUAAGGCUUCCAUAAUGUUAAGGUUUGUUUUCCGCGGUUUUUAUUACUAUAAUGUAACAGUUACAAAUGUCAGUACCAUUAUUUUAUUUUCCAGUGUAAUCAUGGAGUCCUUGAAAAUGAAUGAUGGUCGUUCUAUUCCAGUCAUUGGUCUCGGGACAUGGAAUAGUCCACCAGGUGAAGUUGGAGCGGCCGUGAAAAAAGCUCUAGAGGUCGGUUAUCGACAUGUGGACUGUGCUCACGUCUACAGAAAUGAAGCAGAAAUAGGUGAAGCACUAGAAGGUGCAUUAAAGAGUCUAAAAUUAAAAAGAGACGAUGUUUUUGUUACUUCAAAGCUGUGGAAUACUUUCUUCCGCCCUGAGCAUGUCAGGAAAGCCUGUGAAGAAACUUUGAAGAAUUUGCGUCUCACAUAUCUUGAUUUGUAUUUAAUUCACUGGCCUGUCCCAUUCCAAUAUGGUGGACCUCUUUUUCCCACAGAUUCGAACGGAAAUUUCUGUUUGGAUGAAGUACCACAUGAAGAAACUUGGAAGGAAAUGGAAAAACUGGUUGAUGAUGGCUUAGUCAGAUCUAUUGGUUUAUCAAAUUUCAACAAACGUCAGAUUGAAAAUAUUCUUAAACACUGUCGUAUUAAACCAUCCAAUUUACAAAUUGAAAUUCAUGCUAAUUUUCCUAACACACAAUUAGUUGAAUAUGCACAGUCGAUUGGUUUAACUGUAACUGCUUAUGCUCCGCUUGGUUCACCUGCUGCUUCACCAGGAAGAGUUGAUUUACUCACGGAACCUUGGGUUUUACAAAUUGCUAAACAUCACGGUAAAACACCGGCCCAAGUUCUCUUGCGUUAUUUAAUUCAAAGGAACUUGAUAGUGGUCCCAAAGUCCGUAACACUAAAACGAAUUGAAGAAAACUUUCAUGUAUUUGAUUUCCAACUUUCAAAAGAAGAAAUGCAUGAAUUAAAUACGAAAGGUUUAAAUGAACGCCAAUUCGUAAUGUUGAAAAUGGCCUCUCAUUCGGAAUAUCCAUUCAAAGACGCUUAUUGAAUAUUCAAUGAAUGGAACAUGAUUGAACUGUAAGGUUUAAUCUCAUUAUGCUUUUAAAAAAUUGUCUCAGUUGUGCUAAUUUUCAUCAUUAAAUAAAAUCUGAUUCGAUUC